AUGGAUUAUGAUAGCCCUGAUGUUGCCAAGGAUUUUCCUGGUUUAUAUGCUUCAGAAUGUGGAAAGAAGAGUAAUGAGAGUGAUUUUAGCGAUGGUGACCAUGACAAGCUAAGCAAAAAGGAUUUGUUGAUUGGUCGAAAAAAAGAUCACAAGAAGGAUAGGGGCUAUGCCGCUUUAGAAGGAGAGAGUUCUUUAGAAGAAGAUGAUAAUAAAAGUGGUCCAAAACUAAAAAAAUCUAAAGCUUUUAAGUUUUCUACAAAAAACAAAGAGAAACGAGAAAAAUCUCAUGAUAAAUGUUCAGAGAAAGAUAAAGAAAAAGAAAAAGACGGCAAGGAUGAUAAAGACAAAAAGAAAGAUAAAGACAAAAAAGACAAAGAUAGAAAAGAUAAGAAAGACAAAGAGAAAAAAGAUAAAAAGCUGAAACAUAGUGCACAUAAUGAUGAUUCGAUGGAUUUGGCAGAUGUUCAACCAAUAUUUGGAGUUCCACUUGAAUUAUCAGUUAAACAUAGUAAAUGUCAUGACAGCAUUGCACUUCCAGUUGUGGUUCGCAACUGUAUUGAUUACAUCCAAGAAUUAGGAUUAACAUCAGAUCUGUUGUAUAAAGUCGAAUGCUCUAAAACAAAACUGCAAUGCUUAAAAAAGCUAUAUAACAAUCAUGAAAAUGUUAUGAUGGAUGACUUAGACAUUCCAACAGCUUGCUCUUUGUUGAAGUCAUAUUUAAAAGAACUACCAGAUUCAAUACUUACCUCGGAACUGACAUCGAAUUUUGAAGAAGCAAGUUCUAUGCAAAAUACUUCACAACGUAGUGAUGUUUUACUUUCUUUGUUGGAGCAAUUGCCACCACAUAACAAGACAUUAUUGAGUUGGAUUAUAAUUCAUUUCGAUAAUAUUAUUAAACAUGAACGAUUCAAUAAAUUCAGCGCACAAAGUUUGUCUGUUCUUAUGGGUCCUAUCCUGAGCAUGAGCCCUCAGUUACUAAAAGUAUUGUUAUAUCAUUGCAAAACGCUUUUUCCGGGAUUGGAACUUAAUAGGUAUGUUCCGCCAUUAUCAUCUGCCACACUUGUCCUUCCUGAUUCUUCUAGUGAAAUUGUAUUAGAGUUGCAGAAACAGGAGUCUUUGUUAGCUCAAAUUCAUUCAGAAAUGAAUGCAGGAUUUGUUUCCACAAAAAGAGAAGAACAAUUAUGGGAAGUUCAAAGGCUUAUAACUCAAUUAAAGAGAAAACUGAGGCUAGCCGAGAAGAGAUCAGAUAAUAACGAUAAAACUAUAGAUGAAGAACAAAAUGUGGAUAAGAAACCUGAGAAAGUUAAUACAUCUGUUUCUGAAGUAGUCCAAACUCAGACAGUAGAACCCAAUAAUGAUUUUCAAUUUACAAAUUCUAAUGAAGCAAUUGCUCUUGAUGAUAAAUUAUCUAUUGGUAGCACUAAAGACUCAGAAUCAGAUAAGAAUGAAUCAACUCAGCACUCAAUUAAUCAACAUAAAGAAAGUGGAACAGAUUCACAAUCAGAAAAUAUUCAACCCGAUGUUCAAUCAGGUUUUAUUCCAGAGAAAACAGAACUUACACCUGAUGAACUUCAAUAUGUGCAAAUGAAAGUUGAACAUAAUGCGCUUCUAAAGUUUGUUUCAGAUUUACAAACAAAUAUUAACAAUGAACGAGCGGAUGUUGUCAAAUUAAGAUCUCAGAUUGCAGAUCUUAAGGAUACAGAUUUUGAUAUAGUUUUACCAAAUUAUGUCAAUAUAGAAAAUCUUAUUUCUGCAAUGAUGGAGGAAAAUGAGAUUUUAGAACAAAGAAGAAUUAAUCUGAUUAGAGAGCUUUUCAAGGAAAAGAAAAAAUGUAUUGAACUCAAAGUGGAAUUAGCAAUGUUGAAUAUAUCAGAAAUAUAUUAAAAAUUACUUUGGUGAGAUUUUUUUCCCUAAAACACAAAUAUAAUCUUGUAAAAACAUAAUUUAAAUGCAAAAGAAAAUUAAAUAUUUUAUUUAAGUAACGAU